UAUAGGUCAAGUUUUUACAAAGGUCCCUGAAGGACUCAUUCUCAGUGAAGAUAACAGAGUCCCCCACUGGUCCAAAUGCACAGCCAUUGAUUGAAAUAGACCAAAACUUGCCCCAUCAUGGCUCACUAGCCAGUCAGAGUCCCCGCAAGUCUGCAUUGUCAGCCAAUCGGCGUUGGCGAAAGCAGCUCACAAAUCAGAAGAUGUCAGAGUUUGGUCUGUCGGAAAAUGUGUUUGAACUCCAGGAGGAGAUAUUUUUUCUUGUGCUAAGGAUUGAAGACUUGGAGAGGCAACUGAAGGAAAGUUCUGAGAUGAUGGUCUCCAAGCAUAAGGAUGAACCUGCAUAUGAGCAGUCAGUCUUGACAGAUGCUCAUCUGCUGGAAAAAAAUGCUGCCCUGGAGCAGCAGUUACAAGACAUGCAGGAGAUGUCAGUAGUGCUUCUGUGCCGGUUGGAAGAGCUGGCAAAAUUCCUAGGGCAGCUGCUGGCCUACGACGAGACUGGAUCAUUGGGGUCCGUGACUCUUUCGCCAGGCAUGGUGGCCAAGAUACGCCAGUUCGUCGCAGACAGCAAGGAGAUCUCCAACUCCUUCCACUCCAUUUCACAAAGCUUUCUUGGUUCUGACACAAGCAGUGUUCUGAGUGAUCACCUGUCAAAGAGAGGUUCACUGGACAAAACUAUGCAGUCCUUCUUAUCUCUUUCAAGAAAAAGUAAAGACGUGACUGCUCUUGUGAAUAAGCCACCGACACCAACGGGCAAACUGGAUCUCAAGAUGAUCCCACCUUCUCCUGAAGAUUUUGCCUUCAUGGAAGAUGAGCUGAAAAUAUUGCGAGACCGAGUGGAGCAGCAGCAGAGUGAGAUCUCGACCCUUACUAGGCGUCUGGAGGAAGAGUGUCCCGAGAGGGCAUCAUCAGCAACUGGAGGGCGUAGCAAGCGAGCCACACUGACCAGCUACAUAAAAACUCGGGAGUUUGAAAAGCUCCUGCGAAGAAUUCAACAAUGUGGCUCCAGACUUGAAGACACCUUGGCUGUGCAUAAGGAAUCAUGCCAGAAACUGUUGGGGACUGCCUUGGGAGAAAGCCCAAAGGAUGCCACUGAGUCACAGCAACUGAAGCCAACAGAUUUGGCAGAAUCUCAUGCCAACUCAAUGCGCAAGCUACAGUUUCGUCUGGAGGAAAUGUUCAUAAAUAACCAAGUUCUGCAGGAACUUCUCACUGAACAUCUUGCAUCUGAAAAAGCGGUUGCUGCAGAAGCCAGCACUCCUUCAGGAGUUGGAGCAGAUGUUAGAGUGAGUGCUACUGAGCAACUGAACCAGUGCAAGAAGGAGCUCGAGUGCAAGGAGAGGAGGGAGGAGAUCCUGAAGAGAGCCAUAGUUCGUGAGCAAAACUCAAAAUUGCAUUUGGAAAAAGAACUGGCAGACUGUCAAAAGGAACUACAGUCUCUUCAUGAAGUACACCUGAUUCUCGAAGGAGACUACAAGGCCCUUGUUGAGAGGAGGGCUGAUUCUACUACAAGGGAAUGCCAGCACCAUUUGUCUCUUGAGAGGCUUGACGGCCCCACCAGGUUGGAGCAAACUAAGAGUUCAAGCAUUGAGAAGUCCAACUCUGAACAAAUGAUGGUGUGUGAUGGUAAUUGCAUUUUGGUAGCACAGGUUCAGCAGCAAGCUCAAGAGAUUGCAAGACUGGGCAAAGAAGAAGCACUGCUUAGGGAGAAGGUCGUGAACCUCUUGGAGGAGAAAGCAAUGCUUUUACAAAAGCUGGAAACAGCACAACAUGAACACGAAGUACUCGCUGAGUCCACAAGCAACAAGAUUUCCGAGUUAGUGACUAAGCUGGCUCCACUAUCCACACAGAACAAGAACCAACAAGAUGAGAUCAGGGGUCUGAGGGAGAGAUGUGACAACCUAUCUCAAGAAAAGGCAAACCUGCAAUUUGAUAUUGAUACAGCCUUUUCAAAGCUGGAAGGGCUGCGAGUAGAAAACCAGGAUCUAAGAGAUUCUCUGCUGGCACUGCGAAAGCAAGAGAGUCAGCUGCAAGAAAAGCUAGAGAAAGCCAUGAGUGAACUGCAGGCUACGAAAAAAAUUUCAGAUGAGUACAGCCAAAGCGACAAGCUUUUGAGGAUGGAAAAGGACCAGUUAGCUGCCAAAAUAGCUGAUUUAUCAUCCCAUGUGGAUGACCUGCAAUGUGAAAAACAGUCACUUUAUGAGGAGAAACAGAGGCUGAUCCUUGAAGUCAGUGCAGGGGAAGAUGAGGUUGAGCGGAUCACUAGUAAACUUCAAAAUUGUGAAAAGGAGUGCAAUAACUUCAGGACACAAAAGAUUGAGCUGGAGGCAGUCUUGCAAGCUUCCAAUGAGAAGCUUGAAGAAUCUGAGCACUUGAGUGAGCAACUUCGAGAAGAACUCAGUGCCACAAAGGUACAACUCGAGAAAAUGAACUCGCGUUGUGACCAUCUUGAACAAGAACUUGGUGCUUCCAAGGAGGCGCACAGACAGCUAGUGUGGAAAAAUGAUGAGCUGCAAAGGGCACUGGAGGCAGUUGGGAGAGAGGCUCAACAAAGCAAGAGCUUUGCAAGAAUGAAGGCUGACAAGAAGCAUGUGAUGGCCAUCGUGGAACUUGAAGAUCGUAAAAAAAGCUUGCAGAGUGCAGUGACUGAGCUCGAGCUCAAGUUAGAAAAGGCUGUGCAUGAAAACAAAUGCCUGAGGUUUCAGCUCAAAGCAAGAGAACAAUUCCAAGUUGGAAACACUACAGGUGCAGGAAACUCGAGCACGUCAGAUGCAUCACUGCGGUUCAUCAGUGUUGUUAGCAGCAGCUCGCCUCCUCGAUUGAGCCCCCACCAGGCCACUCCAGAUUUUUCCUUGAGGCAGCCUGUGACCCCUCUGGGCACCAGUCGUCAUUCCACUUCCCACUCCAGGUCGCAGCAUACCUCUCCUGACUUGGGUAUUGAUUCAGAUCCAACGCCAGAGCACGAGUUCUACUCAACACAUGCUGACUCAAUGAUAGCAUUCAAUGAGCACUGGCAGCACCGCAUGAGGGCUGAUUGGAGUCUUUCAACUGUACACUCGGCCCCUGACGGCAUUGGAGGUAACUGCCAGCUCUGCCAGCAAGGAAAGGACAAUGCUUCUUCAUGGAAGCUGAAGGCCAAUGCAACAUGCCCAGCUGGAGAUCUGCUGCACCGGUCCGACUCCCAGUCUCCUUCAAAGAGUGGACUUCCUGCAAUCUCCUGCAGCCUUUCAUCACCUGGAAUUCGGAUGUGUGCCAUUGUCCAGUUAUUGGAUCAUGAACAGCUUAAGAAGCGUGUGGAUGAGAGCAUCUGCUUGAUUCGCCGAGUAGAAGGCAUUGUUGAAAAAGCACUGGACGCUCUUGCUGAUUUUGCUUCUGACUGUACAGAGCCUCCAGAAUGCAAGAGCCUCCUUGAGGAUGCCGAAAAGGGGUGCCAGACCAUCAAAGGUUGCCUCAUUGAUAGCUUCAGAUUGAUUUGCAGCUUCACCAUUGCCCCAGUGCCAGACCAAAGGGAUGAGUCUGCAUUUGAGCUGCGAUUGGAACUGAGCAAACUCCAGGACAAAUACACCAAGCAGACUGCUGAACUUCAGAGUGCGCAUGAGGAAAUCGCAGCAUUCAAGGAGAAAAAAGAAGGAAUGGAGAAAGCCAUUUCUCGCCAAUUGAACAAGACAAAGAUGGUGCUUAAGCAAACAAGGGGCAACUUGACGAGUAUGCACAGCCGGGACACCAAACCUGAAAGGGACCCGAAGGCUGAAAGGAACUCCAAGGCUGAAAAAAAAUGAUUUUCUGUCACACUAGUAAAAGAUAACGGAGUGGUGACCACUACAAUUUCUUUAUUUUAGUUAGGUGUACUUAGACCAUACGCAAGUUUUUUUCUUGUUCGCAGUUUUUCUCAUGCACAAGUUUUUUUCUUUUUCCUAAAGAAGAGGAAAGAUAGCACAAAGCCACAUCAUUUCUAGCCAUAUCGUUUUUACGUACAAUUUGGUGGUCUAGUGCAUUUAGUGCUAAAAGCCUACUUAUUGCAAUGAGCUUCAUUGGAGCUAUGUUUGUAUACUGUGAAGCAUUCUGUCUUAAUUUUUAUCUUGUAAUUGUGGAAUUUGCUUCGUACAUUAGGAAACAUUUAGCUCUCAUAGUGUUCCCAUGUAUUAAUGCACAUGACUGCAUAUUAAGCAACCGUACAUGCAAUCUUACGUAGGCAGUUAUAAUUUUCACAUUAAUUCUGUGGGACCUGCAACAUUUGUAACUAACUGCAGUGACAAGAUAGUCUCAUUGUACAUAACAGAUGUAUUCACAAAAGAAAUAUACGCCAAACAUUGAAGAAGUA